AUAAAUCAUCAGAACAGUAUCAAAGUUAGCAGUAUCAAGAGAUUAACCAUAGUGACAACGUGGAGAAUUAAAUUUAUAAGACUUAUUAAUCCGUUAUUAUAACAAAAGUUUAACAGUUUAUUGCACAAUAAAUUAAUAAUACAAUUAAAAAUGGAUGAAAUUGAGCUCGAUGAAUUUCCUUGCACGGAAGAUGAAUGUACCGCAUGCACCGCACCAAGAUCGUCAUUAUGUUGGCAGUGUAAAAAAAAUGUGAAUAAAACAUAUCUCAUAUCCCCAUGUGACUGUGCAAAUGUAUACAUACACGUUUAUUGUCUGGAGGAAAUAGCAAAUAAAAGCGACAUACUUUAUUGCCCAUGUUGUAAUACUCGCUAUCCAUUAGAAAUACGGUCCAAAUCAUUAUCAAAGAUGCUUUGGAAAAAUCAGAUAACCUUUAUCGUACAAAUCAUCGUCCUAGGCUUAUUUCUUUGGUUUAUUUAUAUGGCAAUGCAGCAAAUAGUUAAUUCGAGUAGUAGUAUAUAUGAAUAUUAUCAUCAAUGGUACAAAAGCACUAAUGAAUGGAGAUUGAUAAGACCAUCUACUGAUAACAAUAUUGAAGAGUACAAUAUUGAAGAAUGA